UUGACUUCACUGUCUGUGUCGUCAUAUCCGUUUGACAGCUUGUACACUUCCUGAAAGGAAAGGAAGACAACACAGUGAAUGCUACUUGAAUAAACAAAAAAGCUUAAAAAUCUUUCUUUUACGGGUUUUAGUUCUUCUAAUACCCACUUUGUCAAUAUGUUUUCCUUCCAUGUUUUCGACCCCCCAAUGGGCCGGGGCUUUCCGAACCGCUUCUCCACUCAGUACCGGUGCUACUCUGUGUCGAUGCUGGCGGGACCCAACGACCGCUCCGAUGUAGAGAAAGGAGGCAAAAUAAUCAUGCCACCUUCUGCUCUCGACCAACUUAGCAGGCUCAACAUCACAUACCCAAUGCUGUUCAAGCUGACCAACAAGAACUCGGACAGAAUGACGCAUUGUGGCGUUCUGGAGUUUGUAGCAGAUGAGGGGAUCUGCUACCUGCCACACUGGAUGAUGCAAAAUCUCCUGCUGGAAGAAGGUGGUUUGGUUCAGGUGGAAAGUGUUAAUCUCAUGGUGGCCACUUAUUCAAAGUUCCAGCCUCAAAGUCCAGAUUUUCUGGACAUCACAAACCCCAAAGCAGUGCUGGAGAAUGCACUGAGAAACUUUGCAUGCUUGACAACUGGUGAUGUGAUUGCUAUCAACUACAAUGAAAAGAUCUAUGAGCUGCGAGUGAUGGAGACCAAGCCAGAUAAAGCGGUGUCUAUCAUUGAAUGUGAUAUGAAUGUUGAUUUUGAUGCACCUCUGGGUUACAAAGAACCUGAGCGGCGAUCUCAGAACCCGGAUGAACCCACAGAGGAAGAGACAGAUCCAAGCAGUUAUGCUGACAUGGACCUCGGAUUCAGAGCUUUUACCGGUUCUGGCAAUCGUCUGGAUGGUAAAACAAAAGGGAUUGAGCCCAACCCUGUUCCUCUAGCAGCAAGUGACAUUAAAAGAGGAAUUCCCAACUACGAUUUCAAAGUUGGCAAAAUUACUUUCAUCAGAAACUCCAGGCCUCAGCCCAGGAAAGUGGUCGAUGAUGAUGAUGCCCUGAACAAGUUCAUUGCCUUCUCUGGACAGGGACAGUCACUACGCAAGAAAGGCAGAAAGCCUUAGAGCUGCAGGUGGACAGUUAAACCAAUGUGACGUCUAUCUUAGAGCUUUUAUGUAGAAUUUUGAUGAUAUUUUUUGAUUGAAAUUCUCAUUUCCUCCAAUAAAGCAAAGUUGCAUUGAUGUUCUUUGUUUUUUUUCUGCUGAUGUGCGGGAGGACAAAUAGAAAAUUGUCAGUAUACACUAUAUCACCAACGCAGAAAAUAAUUGGAAACUUUUGUAAUUAUGAUCAUUUUACACUUUAAACAGCGUGUGUUUUUUGAGUAUUUUUUUCUUUUUUAAAUGCUGUUAUGCUGUUGGUAUUUUAAUAGGAGCAUACCUUUACUUUUAGUUAAGUUGUGGUGUAAAACAUAUUUUUUUUUCCUGAAAUAUUUCUCUUGGCCUGUAAAAAAAAAUCCCUAUGCAUUUUCCUGUUUUAUUUAUAAACAAAUAAAUGUUUUUGGAA